AUGGGUGUUUCAAUCGUUCUGGGCAGCCAGUGGGGUGAUGAAGGAAAGGGCAAGAUUACGGAUAUGCUCGCGCAGCAGGCGACGCUGUGCUGCCGUGCCGCUGGCGGUCACAAUGCGGGCCAUACUAUUGUCCAUGGUAACAAGACCUAUGAUUUCCACAUUCUUCCCUCUGGCCUGAUCUCCCCUUCAUGUAUCAACCUUAUCGGUGCUGGUACCGUUGUUCACGUUCCCAGCUUCUUCAAGGAGUUGGCUUCUCUUGAGGAGAAGGGUCUCGAGGGUGCUAGCAAGCGCAUUUUCAUCUCCGACCGCGCGCAUGUCUGCCUUCAAUUGCACUCCGUUGUAGAUGGCUUGGAGGAGGCCAAGCUGGGUGGUCGCAAGGUUGGUACUACUGGUAAGGGCAUUGGUCCUUGCUACAGUGAUAAGGCUUCUCGCAGGGGUAUCCGUGUGGGAGAGAUCCUGGAUGAGGCGGUUUUCGAGCGCAAGUUACGCUCUUUGGAUGCCGGAUAUCGCGCCCGAUUCGGCGAUUUGGAAUACAACGUCGAGGAGGAGCUCGCGCAAUUCAAGGAAUACCGCAAACUCCUGGGCCCCUACAUUGUCGACCAACUGGCCUUCCUUCAAAAAUACAAGGACUCGCCCAACACCCUGGUCGAGGGUGCCAACGCUCUUAUGCUUGACUUGGAUCAUGGCACCUACCCCUAUGUGACUUCCUCGUCCACCGGCCUGGGCGGUGCUAUGCAAGCCCUGUCUCUGAACCCCACUAGCAUCAAAUCCGUUAUCGGUGUCGUAAAAGCCUACACUACCCGUGUCGGCUCCGGACCUUUCCCUAGCGAACAGUUCAACGCAGACGGUGACAAGCUGCAGAGUGUCGGCAGGGAGUUCGGUGUCACUACCGGUCGUCGCCGUCGCUGCGGUUGGCUUGACUUGGUCGUCUGCCGCUACUCGCAGGCGAUCAACCACUACACAGCCCUUAACCUGACCAAGCUGGACGUUCUGGACGACUUCGACGAGAUCAAGGUCGGCGUUGCCUACAUUCUGCCCGACGGCACUCGCACCGAGAACACUAUCCCUGCCGACGCCGAAGUUCUCGAGAAGGUGAAGGUUGAAUACGUUACUCUCCCCGGCUGGAAGAGCAACACCAUGGGCGUCAAGAAGUACGAGGAUCUCCCCGACAAUGCGCGUGCGUACAUCGAGUACAUCGAGCGCGAACUGGGUGGCGUUCCUGUGAAAUGGAUCGGUACCGGUCCCGCUCGCGAUGACAUGAUUGCCCGCGAGUAG